AUGUGGGAUGGACAACCAGUUCCCCCAGAAGUAUUUGAGUGCGGUCCGGAGUAUGAAGCAGCCUUGAGGCCUUGGCAUCAUCGUUUGAAGGUACUGGGUCUACCUCCAGAGUGGGAGUAUGCGGCUCCAUCCGAGGAGAGCAGAUCGGGGUCGUGCCCGGAUGGUUGGAUCCCCAUUCACGUGGAGUAUGUGAAGCUGGGGUUGCGGUUUCCCUUGCCCUCUUUUGAUGCUUUCCGGUUAAUUUAUAAUAUCCGAGAUUCGACCAAAUGUUGGUCUAUUGGGUGGCGGGAGAAUGCCGUCGCCUUAAUUACAGGGUCGCCAAAGUUGGACUCGCCUUGGUAUAGGGAGUAUUACUUUGCGCGUCCGUCUGGCCAGUGGUAUUCGGUUGAGACCGCACCUCUGACUAGGUAUGCUGCUGGGUCGAAAGAUGCCUGGUGUUCAUCAAAUCAGUUUCCUCAGUCGGUGAGGGAUCAUGUUAACUGCAUCAUUGAAGGAGUUCAGUUUCGUGUGUUCCCUAGUGGUUACGGGAGCGCAUAUCAGCUUGUGCGCGAUUUUUAUGGUUUGAAGACGCUGGCCGAUGCGGUUAGACCGAAGAAGAAGAAAAAGGCGAUUGGAAGCCGAGUGAACCGCGGGGCGGCCGUCCUCGACUGCGGUUGCGGGGACCUCGUUGCAUGUUUCCUAGCUCCUACAAGACACGGCUUUGUCUAG